AUGGAUGCUUUUGAGGUUUAUGGGCCUAGUUCCCAAGCCCUAACGUUCUUUGAUCCAGAAGAAAAUGAUCUCAUUGGCGGAGAUACCCAGGGACCAGAUUUUGACUGUGGCGAUUUUACCUUGCCAACGCAGUCGCAAACACAGGCCUCACAAAUUGACGCUGAUCAUGAAAAUAAUGUUGACAGGCUGGCAACGGCCGUUGAGUCCAUAGCAUUGAAUGCUCCCGAUGACGACGCUGUUACGAUAGGCGAGGAAUUGCCCGAACACGCCUGCGCCUAUUGUGGAAUCAGUGACCCCGCAGCCGUCGUUUAUUGCAAUACUACAAAGAAAUGGUUUUGUAAUAGCAGGGGAAAUACUUCCGGCAGAUCAAAGGAAGUUUCGCUUCACAAAGACAGCCCUUUAAAGGACACGGUCUUGGAGUGCUAUGUGUGUGGUUCCAAAAACGUCUUCUUGUUGGGAUUUGUGCCUGCAAAAUCAGAAUCCGUUGUUGUCCUUCUAUGUCGCCACCCUUGUGCGAAUCAAAACAAAGACAUGCACUGGGAUCCAAGCCAGUGGCAGCCAUUGAUUCAGGGCAGACAGUUCCUUUCCUGGCUAGUCAAAGUUCCGAGCGAAGAGGAGCAGGCGAAAGCUCGUCAAAUAUCUGCCCAACAAAUAAAUCGUUUGGAAGAACUGUGGAAGGAAAAUCCGCUGGCGGAAGUGAGUGAUCUUGAACGCCCGGGUAUAGAAAAAGAAGUUGAGCCUAUCCUUUUACGGUACGAUUCUUCCUACCACUACCAACAAACGUUUAAGCCUCUGGUUGAACUGGAGGCGGCCUAUGAUAAAAAAAUUAAGGAAUCACUCAAACUGGAGAAUGUGAUCGUCCGAUGGGAAACUGCUCUAAACACGAAGAAAGUUGCCUAUUUUCGGAUUCCUGGAGCCAAUGAAGGCCCCGAGUUAAGGAUAAUGCAUGGUGAUGAAUUGAUCGUGCGUCAUCAAACCAACACCGAAGAAAGUUGGAGUAUCACGGGACAUGUUAUAAAGAUCCCCGACAACUUUUCGGACGAAGUAGCCGUUGAAAUGAAGCACGUCUCCGAACCACCUACAAAUGCAGUUACUUACACGGUUGAGUUUAAGUGGAAGUCGACUCCAUUUGAUCGUAUGCAGAAGGCUAUCGCAAGUGUUUCGGAGGAUUUUUCGGAUGUUUUGCCGCCCUACAUUUUCUACCGUAUCCUUGGCCACGAAAUGGACGAUAUGGUUCUAAAAUGCACGGGAAAGACAGUCACAUCGGCGACCAUAGUUUAUCACCUCAGUCAAAUUCACCAAAAGAAAGUUCUUGUGGUGGCCCCGAGUAAUACUGCGGUUGAUCAAUUAUGCGAAAAAAUUGACCAGACCGGACUUCGUGUUGUGCGUUUGUGCGCGCGUUCACGGGAAGCUUUGGUGUCUCCUGUUAGCCGUUUGAUGCUUCAUACUCAGGCCCAGGGUGUCAAAGGCCAUACUGAACUACGGAAGUUGCAACAGCUGAAAGACGAAGCUGGUGAACUCAGUCAGUCAGAUGAAAAACGGUAUCGUGCCUUAAAGCGUGAACUGGAAAGUAAGUUGUUGCUUUAUCUGUUGAUCUUCCAGUAUUUUGACUUGAUACUUCGUGUGUUUGAAAUUUUGAAUUUAGUCACAUUUGCGUCCAAAUACCCGCCCAUCAAUUCUGAUACAUUAGCCUGA